AUGAUCAUUCUCGACGAAGACGACGACCCUCAGCAGCCUAAGCAACUUUCCGACCCCUCCCAGCCCGUCGUCCGUGCUUCCACGCCUACCCCUUCCCUCCCCGACUACGAAGCUUCACAGGCCCAGCACAACAGGUGGUGGCCCAACCGUUCCAAGGCUCGCUUUCGGCGUGCCGCCCUGUAUGCUCUGGUGAUCUAUUUCGUUCUCACUGUUGUCAUCGGCGUGCCGGUUAUUGUGGUGAAGUUGCGACAUAAACUGUAUAAGCACCAGAACAUACCACCACUUAUCAGCCCAUCGUCUUCCUCAAGCCUGAUAGUGGUUGAUAGCGAAACGCCGUUGUUCCAGUCUUCUGCUGUAGAGUGCAAUGCCUGGAUCGGUCCAGGUUACCAUGAUUCCGGCCUGAUGCGCUCAGAUCUGCAGUACACGAUUCCCCUGGAUGGCACAGUCUUCUUGCAGUCCAAUCUAUCAUACCAAACGGCCGGUGCUGAGUUGCAGGAAGUUUCUGGCACUCUUCUCGUGGACAUAAACGAAGAUCCUACAGUAACCGAUGCCCUUGUUGCCGUUUCAAUGCGUUACUCCGAUAUCGGAAUCAAGAAUAAAACAAGUGUCUGCUUAAUGAACGUCUCGGGAAGCAGUAACGGUCUCUACAUCUAUGCUCCGCACAACCUAACAUCCCCCGAGACACUAAUAUUCAAUAUCACAUUACUGUUCCCUCAAAGCCCCUCUCUUUUUGUUUCGGAAUUCGUCACGAUGCUCCCUCACUUCAACCAACAUUAUGCGUUCAUAUCCCCCCGUGUGACCUUUGGUGAAGUGGACAUCGGCGGGCCCAUGUCCACAGUGAUUGUGGACUUUCUAACAGCUUCGACAAUCACAGUGAAGAGUGCGUUGGCUCCAGUUUCCGGGACAUUCAAUGCCUCAAGUUCUCUAGUGCUGGACACCGUAUCUGCUCCAAUAUCCGCCAAUAUAUCCCUUUACAACAGCGGUGCCUUCAGACAAGUCACAUUCCUUGAGUUGAACACGGGCAACUGCCCACUUGUGGCCAACGUCACGUUGUUCCUCAGCCCCACCGCCCCACCCGCCGUAAAAGCGCCGAAUUUUAUUGCCAAGGCAGAAACCUUCAACGCACCACUUACCUUUGAUGUUCAGCAUGAUGUUUCCUCCCCACCCUCCGUGAUCCACUUGCGCGCAGAAAACAACCUUGGUGAGGCACUUGUGAGCGUCGACAACAAGUUUGCCGGAACCUUUGACGUCUCAACAACGUUCGCCGAGGCCUCGGUCACGCUUAGGGACGCGAACUCCACACAACCAGCGGACUUGGCGGCUACGUCAGCAUCAUCGGCGGCGUCGUCAACGCCGUCUGCGAGGAGUCUCGAAUUUGACGUCAUCUCAGGUUCCAGCCUAACAGGAUGGGUGGGGACAGGCAAGAGACCUCCGGUAUCGUUCAAGCAUCCAUUUGGUCGCGAGGGUCGUGUUGAAGUGGUAUCAUCCCUUAGCGCGGUGACAUUGUUACUCGGCUCGUAG